AUGAAUUUCGAGAAAAAGGAAAAAUUUUACAAAAAUGUAAUCAUACAAAGGGAAGAAGAAGAAAAUGCAAGGUUUAAAAAGGUGGUACAUUUUCAAAAAAACAUUGUUGAUAUUAAAAAUGAAUUCGCUAAAAGGAAUGAAUAUUAUAAAUUAAAAGAGGAAAUAAAAAAUUAUAAACUAAAAAUCGGACAACUGCAAAACGAAAAUAACCUUUUAAAAAAUAAAGUUCAAUUAUACCAAGCGGAAAUGAAAAAUUUCCGUGAUGAAAUAGAGAUGAAAAACGAACGCAUUAAUCACUUGUUAGCCGAAAAUGACAUAACGAAUAAAUUGUACAAAGACAUUUACCACAUUACGCGCCUGCAAAAAUAA